AUGUCGGUUCUCCUUGCGCUCAACGGAAGGGAUGUGAGCGAGCUGCUCGCUAAUGACCCGGACGAACUCGAGCGCUUAUUGGAGGAAGUGCGGCCACUGACGCUAAAAGUGCGGCCGCCGGCGGACCUGCGAGGCGUGAAACUGGAGGGCCGAGACCUCCGCGGGGCGCAGCUUCCGGGGGCGGUGCUGCAGGAGGGGCAUCUGGAGGGGGCAGAUCUCACCGGGGCGCAGCUGCAGGGGGCGUAUCUCUACAGGGCGCAGCUGCAGGGGGCAUGUCUCCACAGGGCGCAGCUGCAGGGGGCAUAUCUCGGCAUGGCGCAGCUGCAGGGGGCAAAUUUCGAAGAGGGGGGGAAGCUGCAGGGGGCAGUUCUCUGCGGGGCGCAGCUGCAGGCGGCAAAUCUACGCUUGGCGCAGCUGGAGGGGGCAGAUCUCCGCGGGGCGCAGCUGGAGGGGGCAGAUCUCGGCGGGGCGCAGCUGCAGGGGGCAGAUCUCCACGAGGCGCAGCUGCAGGGGGCAGAUCUCCGCUGGGCGCAGCUGGAGGGGGCGAACCUCACCGGCGCCAACCUCGCCGGCGCCAACCUCGAGGGCGCCGACAUGCGCGGGGCGAAGUUUGCGCGCGCCGUCCUCACCGGCGUC